AUGACGAGUGAAUUGCGCAGUACCGUGUUCCGUCAGCUGGUCUUCCGUCAGCUGGUGUUCCGUCAGCAGGUGUUCCGUCAGCUGGUGUUCCGUCAGCUGGUGUUCCGUCAGCUGGUGUUCCGUCAGAUGGUGUUCCGUCAGAUGGUGUUCCGUCAGAUGGUGUUCCGUCAGAUGGUGUUCCGUCAAAUGAAGGCGAGGGAAGGCCCGCUGCUGACGGUAAUGUCAGUGGUUUUGCUGUCAGCCGUCAGCGUCAGUCAUGCUAAAACAGCUACCACAACCACAACAACUACCACAACCACACCAACUACCACAACCACAACCACACCAACUACCACAACCACACCAACUACCACAACCACAACCACAACCACACCAACUACCACAACCCCACCACCAAAAACUCCAGACAAUUCCUUGAAAGGUUUAUCAACCAAACUGCUGCUAGUGGCAGCGUCAGCAGCUGGUCGUCGUGUGAGGUCAGUGGGCGACGACCCAGUCUGUGACCCCAACACGACAGCUACUGACGACGACCUGUGUGCACGACUGACCGCCACCCUGGCGGACAUCCUGCAGGUGACGCAGGAGGUACAGGCCGGGGACAUCUCGCAGGAUCAGCUAGACAAACUGACCAACUGCUCGCUGGAGCUGGACAGUAUUGUGGACGAGGCAGCGGACAAUACGGACUUUGUUGACAGUCUGGAUAAGGCGGCGCUCAAGGCUCAGGUCGACCAGCUGGAAGUGACGAUACAGCUGGCCGAGGAAGUAGUUGAUAAAAAGUUAUCAGAUACAAGCAGCGAUGACACUCUGGCCAUUGUCCUAGGCACCUUGGGCGGCGUUCUGGGAGUCGCACUCAUUGCCUUUGGCUGCUACGUUUUCUAUACAAAGAAAAAUAAGAAAUCGAAGUCACAUAUUGAGAGCAGCCCACUGCAGGACUUAAAGGAGUCGGAGCGAGCAGAGGACAACAGUAGCUUCAACAAUGAUGAGACUGACAUCAAGAUUGAUGAAGACUGACAUCAAGAAUGAUGAAGACUGACAUCAAGAAUGAUGAAGACUGACAUCAAGAUUGAUGAAGACUGACAUCAAGAUUGAUGAAGACUGACAUCAAGAAUGAUGAAGACUGACAUCAAGAAUGAUGAAGACUGACAUCAAGAAUGAUGAAGACUGACAUCAAGAAUGAUGAAGACUGACAUCAAGAAUGAUGAAGACUGACAUCAAGAUUGAUGAAGACUGACAUCAAGAAUGAUGAAGACUGACAUCAAGAAUGAUGAAGACUGACAUCAAGAAUGAUGAAGACUGACAUCAAGAAUGAUGAAGACUGACAUCAAGAUUGAUGAAGACUGACAUCAAGAUUGAUGAAGACUGACAUCAAGAAUGAUGAAGACUGACAUCAAGAAUGAUGAAGACUGACAUCAAGAAUGAUGAAGACUGACAUCAAGAAUGAUGAAGACUGACAUCAAGAAUGAUGAAGACUGACAUCAAGAUUGAUGAAGACUGACAUCAAGAUUGAUGAAGACUGACAUCAAGAAUGAUGAAGACUGACAUACCCCUGUGACGUGUGGUAUAUACUUGUGUGUGUGUGUGCUCUAUAUGUGUUUAUAUACACCGAGAGGUAUACUCUGUUUCUUGGUGUAUACACCUUAAUCCUGGACUAUGUUCAGCACAAUUCCCCAUUCUGUCUACACAUUAUAUUAUCUCAGUUUUCACUAUUUAUAAUUACAUAAAUAUAAUUUAAAGAUACUCAAAUCUUUAAAUAUUUUAUUAAUUAUAGUGUUCUUGAAGACAGGGAACAAAACACUGAUCCACAUUCUAUAUUACUUCAACGUUCUUAUUGGUACAUCAGUACUGAGUGAUAACCGAUCCUUUACUCUGACUUUCAUUGUACUAAUAAUGAUUAUAUCACUUAUAUUCAUUAAUUAAGCUUUCUAAAGCUACAAUUUUAAUCCAAAGGUCCUAAUGUCAGGGACAGGAAGCCUGUGUACAUAUAUAAUUUAUAUAUCCUUGAGGGUCCUUCACAAGAUGGAACUAUUGACCCUUCCCAGGAUGCCACCCCCACAACAGUGCCCUGACUUCCGGGUACCUACUUACUGCUAGGUGAACAGAGGCAUCAGGUGAAAGGAAACGUGCACAACCGUUUCUGUCCCACUUGGGGAUCAAACAUAAUUUCGUGAUUGUGAUUUAAAAAUGAAGCCUACUGUGCUACGAGACCCUAAGUACACAUUUUACCCUUAAUAAAAAAAUCUGUAUUUGCUGUUAUUGUGAAUUAUUACAUAAUGAAUCUAUACUUUUAAUAUACUUAUGUAAGGCUGAGGAUAUAAAAACUGCAUUAGUCUGCCUUUCAUAAUUAUAUAUGACUUCAGAAACUGUAUAUCAUUGCUGUAAUUUCUUAACUAUUUAUGUGUAUUAACUUGUUUUAAAUAUAGUAUUAAGUAUUUUUUAUAAAUUAUAUAUAAUUCUUCAUAUUACCACAAGCUGUAUUUAAUUAAUAGUUAAAUAUUAUAUAAAAAUACUGAAUCUAAAUAAAUAAAUUUUAUAAAUUA